UAGAGAAAGAGAGAAAUAUAGAAAUAGAGAUGAAGAAAAUCGUGAAGAAAUAAAAAUGCUGACUCGAAAAUUAGGAUCUAAUGAAAAUCGAACAUGGCGAUCGUAAAAAAAGAUUAAUUUUUGCAACGUUUUUAUCGGUGAUGACGAUGAUUAGUUCGAUAAACGUGGAAGAGUUUCUCUACGGUUAUUGUAAAUGUUAAUUGUGUGUGCGUGUGUGUGUUUAUUAUUAUUGAUUGAGGUUUAAAUUAUAUACAUAUCAUUAUUAUGAUGCAUUAGUGUAGGACAGUGUUAGCUCAAGUGCAAUACUGAAUAGAAUUUUCUAAUUAUAUUGAUAUGGGGUUUAUUUAUUUAUAUCUUUAUGGAAAAUAAACAAUGAUCAAAGUUAUAAUAGAUAGUGUUUCUGUGAUACAUAUGUUAUUGAGACAAAAGUUUGUUUUUUUUUUCAUUUUAUUAAAAUAAUAUCAUAUUUUGAAUAUAAAAGAUAUUCCAUUUUGGGUAUAUACGUACUAUUACAACUCCUUGCUUCUACCCCCAUUUAAAAAAAAAAAAGAAAAUGUCAAAGGUUAAAAGAUCUUUAGGUAUACACAACGAACAAGCUACUCUACCUACCUUCACUAUGUUUGUGUUCCGGUAAUGGAAAUUUUUUGUGAGAUUAUGCUGAUCUAAUCUUGCGUACAAAAGGAUUUGGAGAAAAAAAAAAAAAGUAAAAGAAAGAAAGUGUAAAAGAAAGUGGAAAAAAUUCAAUAGGGUGUGUGAAAGUGAUAUAAUUUGCUGAUGAUCAUUUGGAACACUGAAAGUAUUUCAAUGUCGGCAAUAACAACUAUGACACGUUCCCUUCGUGAUUAUUUUUUAUUCGAUCCUGAUAUAUUAAAUGGAAAUUCAACGACAAUGUCAAUGAUAAAUACACCUUCAAUGACACCAUUCGUUGGCAAAAUCAUGACGACGAUGACGACUAUGACGACGACAACAUCGAUGACAACGUCGACAACAACGACAACGACAACAACAACAACAACUCCAACAACUGCUACUUUUGCUUAUGAUCAAAAUGCAAUUGUAACCAAUAUACUGUGGGAUUUAUAUGAUAGUUUCAAUGAUGUACAACCAAAUUAUUUGCUAAUUACUCUUUAUGUACCUGUCAUUGCGUUAGCUUUUACAGCUAAUGCACUCGUCAUUGCCGUUGUCUUCAAGUAUCACUAUAUGAGAAGCGUUACAAAUUAUUUUGUGGUGAAUCUAUCAGUUGCUGAUCUAUUGGUAACUAUGAUUUGUAUGCCAGUUGCGGUUACUCAAGCUGUUUCACUCGUCUGGAUUUAUGGCGAAGUUAUGUGUAAAUUAUCCUCAUAUUUACAAGGAGUGGCCGUUGCUGCUUCGGUGUACACUAUUACUGCAAUGAGUAUCGAUAGGUAUCUUGCUAUACGAAGUCCUAUAGCUUUUCGACGAGUAUUCAAUCGCAAGAGUACCGUAGUCGUUAUCGUAAUCUUAUGGCUAAUAGCUUUGAGUAUUUUCGUGCCUAUAUUACAAGGAAUGACUCUUCAAAGUCCUGGAACAGAAGUUGUUAAUAUUACUCUUCAUGGUUCUUGGGCGUUGAAAGAAAAUUUCUCAAGCAACGAUACUCGAGCUUCACGAUUGCCACCAGCAUUUUACAUAUGCUCAGAAGAUUUGAAUCCACUUGGUAUUGAUGCCGAUUUAUUUGGUACCGCCUGCUUUAUUUUCGUUUAUGCUAUUCCCGGUUUUGUCGUGAUAUUGGCUUAUUCGAUGAUGGGUCGAACCCUUUGUGCCAGAAAACCACCGUUUGACUGUGACAGUGUCAAGGGUAGUGCUAGCUCGCAACAAAAUUUCCGUCUGGUACGUGAGAGAAGACGAAUCGCUUGGAUAUUGUUGCUUCUCGCAGUACUUUUCGCCCUUUGUUGGCUCCCUUACAAUGUCCUUAGAUUGCUCGUCGAUCUCAAAGUAGUCGAUAAAGGCAAAUCGGUGAGAGAUGCCCUGUCCUAUUGUCUCUUCAUAGGACAUGCAAAUAGUGCACUCAACCCUGUCGUUUAUUGCUUUAUGACGCGUAACUUUCGAAGAAGCGUUGCAGAGAUUCUUCGUUGUAGAUCACGUGGACUGACUCGUCGUAAGCCACGCCAUAAAGAUAUUCAUCGAGGUAUGAUGGGUGGUAAUGCAUGUGGAGGAUGCAGUAUGGUCGGUGAUAACAAACGAACCUAUCUGCGUCAAAGAAAGAUGUUGCCUAUUUGCUGUAUUCCAAUGGGAGCUCAUGAAACAGCUACAUCAAGUAGUGGCUAUAAUAGUUUUUAUAGUAAGAAAAGUCCUCAUCGUCGAUGUUACAUGUUGAGAAAUCUUGGGGGACCAGCGCAAAUGCAAAUAGAACCGAAACCAGUUGACGUUAUUGGAGACAGACAUCAGAGUUAUAACAAGAAUGAUGCUGAAGCAAGUCAACCACGUCAAUCAACUCUUGUUACUAUGGACGAUCGACGCUGUAAUUAAUUAUUUCAGAAAAAAAAAGGAAAGGAAACGAGAGAGAAGCCAUAAAGGGAUCCACUUUGUGACAUGAUAAGAGGUCUCAGAAGGUUUCUAGCAUGUACGAGAGGGUUCGAUCGUUGAGAUAGAACAUUACCUCGUCUUUUAUAUACGUGAAGAAAAUGACUUCUCUUUCGGGACAAACGAAAACAACAAAAAUAAAAGGGGACAACAAAAAAAAAAUGAUUGAGUUGCCAGAGAUGGUUCGUGUUGAAUUUAAAAAAAAAAAAAAAA